AUGGCCCUCUCCCGAGCCGACGCAUUCAGAGUCGCCAGGAGGGCCACGCAACUAACGUGCGACGCGAUUGAAGAUGAGCUCUGCCGACGCGACGUACUUGAUAAAGAUUUGCAAGAUCAGCUGGAGGGUCUCGAAAGGCGCAAAAAAGAGUUGGAACGCAGGGUUGAAGAGUGCAAUGCACAUAUUAUGUUACUGGAAGAGGACAACCGACAGCUAGGGCAUGAGCUCGGCGAACUACCCAUCCAACUCGACGCAGCCAGGAAAGACGCCACUAGCGAGAUGAAUGAGUCGUUGAAGAAAGCCCGUCAGGCACUCUUCCGUCACAUCAAUCCGGUCCUGCUUUACUGCCGCGUGCGGCCCAAGUUGCCCGCCCAAGGAUCUGCCAACAAAGCACCGUCGCGGCCCAUCUCGAAAUGGAAGUGGAACGAUUUCUCUAUCAUCAACGGAGCGGACGAAGCCUACAAUUUCUGGCGUGUCUUUGGUCCCCAUUGCCCUACCGCCAACGUCUUCGAUGAACUCGAACCGAUGAUCCAGACCGCUUUACACGGACAGCACAUCAUGCUCAUCACUUAUGGCGAAACGCAAUCGGGCAAAACCCACACUACCAUAGAGCCCAACGCAGCUGAUCCCUCACUCCUCGAUCGCUUUGCUGCUCUCGCUUUCCCCCAAUUCCAGAUCCACGUCUCCUUCGUGGAGGUGUGCUGCAACACGCCCCAUGAUCUACUGAGACGUGAGGAAGGCAACAGCGAGUCUUCGCGGGCCGAUGUGUUUCUGUAUUCCAACACGGGCCUCUACUUCCGCUACCAAGGAAAAGGCGGCGGAUACAUGACACCCACGGUGUGCGACUCGGCCGAAGAACUCAAGAAGCUACGAAGUGAAUCUAUCCGGCGCCGCGCCAAACAUCAUGACAAACCUACGUCUUCUCGUGGCCCUUCCUGGCUCGAGCUUCGGGUACACCAUCGCAACGACGGCACGCUUAGGGGCAUCCUUACCAUCGUCGACCUCAUGGGCGCGGAAGACUCUGCCAACCAGCUGGGUAGACACAAGAAAGAAGCAGAGACAGGUCGAACGGUCAACUACAAGGUGUCGGAGUAUCUCAAGAGUCUGCGUGACCAGCACCGAGUUACCCGACCUUCCACACAACCUGACCGUACCCCCACACGCAGAAGCAACGCUCAUCGUGAGCAUCCCGACAACUUCAUGCGCAUUCUGAUCCCCAGUUUCGAGGGUCAAAUACUCGACUCGUCAGACCUGCCGCGCGUUGCUGUCCUGGCGCACAUAUACGAAGCUGCAGAACAUGAGAAGCAAAACCAGACCACCAUGGACGUGAUGGAGGAAUGGCGGACCAACCUGUUGGAUGAAAGGAGGAGAAGUGGAACGCAAGAAGCAUGCAACGAAUGCGAAGCAAAGGAUAGAGAGAAUACGCUUCUGAAGCAACAGAUGUAUGAGUCGGAAGUCGAGAGAGAAUCUUGCAGCGAGCUAGAGGAUGUGCCGCGCGAUGUGAAGGAAGAGAAGUCUUUGAGGGAACGCUUCGCCGAGCAGGGGAAAUAG